GCGUCCAGGCCGCGGGUAGUUGUUAAGGGGCGCGAGAGAGGGAGUUCGUCGUAGAGUAAAAUCAAACUGAAGUCGAGGCUUUCGUGAGGCAAAGCUGUAUAACUCUGUGUGCGAGGCGAAGCCUAUGUGUGUGGUAAUAAAUAAUAAAAAUAAUAUCUCGGCGGGGGGGCCGCACUCGCCAAUUCAACAAAUCUAUCACAACAGUUCCUGCUGCUCGCUGAACUUCCCUACGUGCGGGCCCACAUCCAGUGCAAAAGAUACCAUCGAAAUAAAUAAGAGCAGAGCGGUCUUCUCGAUCCAUAUUACAUGCUCGUCUUUCGUGAGGUGACGUGAAAGCGGACACAGGAAGUCAUUCUGGAUCUAUCCAUUCAAUUCAGUUUUAAUACCACUGUCAUCUUUGCGCGGCUACAGGCGCUUUCUCAUGACGGCCUAGAAAGCGACGGAGAGCUGGGCGUGUGGCGCACGUAUUGAGAGACUGAAAGAGAGAAAUUAGUUGGUAGGCAGAGGAGAGGGGCCAGAGGCUGAAAGGGGGCAGCAGUCGAAGCUAGAGCUGCCGAAGAAGAAGACGCAGGAAUCGAAACAGCCGGAAAGCCGGAGGUUCUGACGCUCGUGAAGGCGGCGGCUCGUGUUUAGGUGUUGAUCCACCAUGUCUUUAGCAGAUGAGCUUUUGGCUGACCUUGAGGAGGCAGCCGAGGAAGAGGAGGGAAGCUUUGCCGAUGAGGAGGAUGAGCCCACCAUUGAGGAUGUCCAGGAGGAGAUGCAAAUGGAUCUGGCGGCUGAUUCAGUCAAGAGUAUUGCCAAGCUUUGGGACAGCAAGAUGUUUGCUGAAAUCAUGGUAAAGAUUGAGGAAUACAUCAGCAAACAGCCCAAAGCAUCUGAAGUUCUAGGCCCGGUUGAGGCUGCUCCUGAAUAUAGAGUCAUUGUGGAUGCCAACAAUCUCACAGUGGAGAUUGAGAAUGAGUUGAACAUUAUUCACAAAUUUAUCCGGGAUAAAUACUCCAAGCGAUUCCCAGAGCUGGAAUCCCUCGUCCCUAAUGCUUUGGAUUACAUCCGAACUGUCAAGGAACUGGGCAACAGCUUGGAUAAAUGCAAGAACAAUGAAAACCUUCAACAGAUCCUCACCAAUGCCACCAUUAUGGUGGUUAGUGUCACGGCAUCCACUACCCAAGGGCAACAGUUAACGGAGGAAGAACUGGAGCGCAUCGAGGAGGCCUGCGACAUGGCCCUGGAACUGAACCAGUCCAAGCACCGCAUCUAUGAGUACGUGGAGUCUCGCAUGUCCUUCAUUGCUCCCAACCUGUCCAUCAUUGUGGGGGCCUCCACUGCUGCAAAGAUCAUGGGUAUUGCCGGCGGCCUGACAAACCUCUCCAAGAUGCCCGCCUGUAACAUCAUGCUUCUUGGAGCCCAAAGGAAGACCCUAUCUGGAUUUUCCAGCACUUCUGUCCUCCCUCAUACUGGCUACAUCUACCAUAGUGACAUUGUACAGUCUUUGCCUCCGGAUCUGCGGAGGAAGGCUGCUCGCUUGGUGGCUGCAAAAUGCACGCUGGCAGCACGUGUGGACAGCUUUCACGAAAGCGCAGAGGGGAAGGUUGGUUACGAUCUCAAGGAGGAGAUUGAAAGAAAAUUUGACAAAUGGCAGGAGCCCCCUCCUGUUAAACAAGUGAAGCCUCUGCCUGCACCUUUGGAUGGACAAAGGAAGAAACGUGGAGGCCGAAGGUAUCGUAAGAUGAAGGAGCGUCUUGGCUUGACAGAAAUACGUAAGCAGGCAAACCGGAUGAGCUUUGGAGAAAUUGAAGAAGAUGCUUACCAGGAAGACCUUGGGUUUAGCCUGGGCCACCUGGGAAAAUCAGGCAGUGGCCGUGUCAGACAGACGCAAGUCAAUGAGGCUACAAAGGCGCGGAUCUCAAAGACUUUGCAGCGCACACUCCAAAAGCAGAGCAUGGUGUAUGGAGGGAAGUCAACCAUCCGGGACCGCUCCUCGGGUACCGCCUCCAGUGUGGCCUUCACUCCGCUGCAGGGUUUGGAGAUUGUAAACCCACAAGCAGCUGAGAAGAAAGUCGCCGAAGCCAACCAGAAGUACUUCUCCAGCAUGGCUGAAUUCCUAAAGGUGAAAAGCGAGAAGAGUGGAUUCAUGUCCACCUCCUAAUGUCCUCUUCCUCCCGGCAUGGAUGCUGCUUCUCGUAACUUGCAGUCGGAAACCGUAACACAGAUUCAGCUGGAGGGGUUCUGUAUGCAGGAGGCAGGCCUCUCCUCUUGGACUGACAAAGACUGGAGAGUUCUGAAGAAAGGAGUGUCGUCUCAGGACAUCCUGGGCCAAGUCCUCUUCAUUUUUCUUUGUUUACCAAAAGGAUCUCUGUAGAGAACUUCCUGCUCUUGUUGCAGAGCUGUCUGUUGCAUAGUAGAGAAGAUGGCCCUUUCCCCAGAUCUCAUUCCCAAUCAGGUUGUUACAGUGUGAGCUUUUUUUUAGAGGCUUGGAAGGGCUAACUAAAGGGUAACAGCUGAGAAACGAUUACAUCCUCUGUCACUUUUGAUCCUUCUAGGUUUGACUUCAGCUGAGGCAAUCUAGAAUUUUCCUGUUUUUGUAAAAUGCUUCCGUACCCUGGAGUACAAGGCCUACUUCAGAGGGAUUCUCCCUUUGCUGGUUCAAUUGGGAGCCUCCGGCAACUGCCCCCUUCACCUAUUCCCACCACUUGCGGCCAAAAGGAAUCCUCUGAUUGCUCUUGUAUAUACAUCUCCAUCUAGAAGUAGUUUUGCUUGCCCUGCAUUUGGAGGGGAUCCUGUUGGGACUUGGCAGGUUAUGAUGAGUUACUGCAGUAAAUAGGGACACGGAGAGCUAGUGGAGUAAGUCCUGUAGAGAGAUCUGAAUGGCACUGAAUUCUUGCUGAUGCCAUGCACACACACACACACAUAUAUAUACAGGGUCACCGCAAAUAUGCAAGAAUGAAUAACACUUUGGUAGUUCAGAAGCGAAAGUGGUGGGAAAGAAUCUGAAGAGAACUGUGAAUUGUGGCUCUCCCUGUACAAUGCCUAAGCAAGAGACCACAUUUUCUUAGUGUUUUACCUGAACAACAACAACAAAUUGGGUUUGGGGACAAAAUUGAUGUUUCCUGAGUGUGGUGGGUGAAACUAUGCUGUAAACUGUGGUGACCUGAUUUUCUACAAGGAAGGCUGUCUGGCCUUUAAAACCUGCAUUUCAGAAACUCCCAAGCGUUGGGACGAAAACAGCAGCUGAGUUUGUAGGGUGUGUAUUUAAACAACUGUACUCAAUGUGUGAAAUUUUUUUUGGAAGAAAUAGAACUCCAUUCGAACCUGUGUGUAAUCCAGUUAUUUUGUACAGUGGGGUGGGCAUUGGGCAGAACUAAUGGAAUUCUCCAAAUUGAUCCUGUGGUUUGCGUUUAUGUUCGUUCGUAGUUUUGUAGCCUGAAAGCUUAUUUUGCACUAUAAGCAUCUCACCUUUUAUCCAGAGCCAUUACCUUUCAGAACUGAGCACAGAAAUUGAAAUUCUGAGAGAAGCUUCGUUUUGAUCUCUAACCAGCAGACGAUAAUACUUAUAAUUCACUGUGCUGGCUUUGUGCAGCUGUCAUAUGCUGCUCCCACAGCACAGUUCUGUAAUUAGUUCCUGGGUGUCUUGGACGUCUUUCCUUCUGUGUGUCUCCCCCAACCCCCAAUCAGUGCAAAGCAGUCUUCUCUCCUGAAGCUAUGACAGUUGCCCCUUAGAGGCCAGUCUUCUUACUAUGAGAAGAUUGGCCAUCAUGCUUUGAGGGGUGGAUUUUCCACAGGGUGAUGCAGUGGGAC